CAAUUCACCAACGCACCACUCAGAUACUGUAUGUUCACGGCAGGCUGAUUUGAUAAUGUCUUUGAGUCUGACACCCCCCUCCCCCCUUGCCUAGCUGUACCUAGGUGGCGUAAGCUACCCCAUCUCUUUCUUCCUUUGUCUUUCUCUUUGUCUGUGGACAUGGAACCCUUGUUCUGUUUGCAACUCAUCUCCGACAUGGGAACAGCAACUUUCCCACCUACAGCCGCACGGCUACCUUUCUGCAAUCAGUCUCUCUUCAGCUGCCACUGUCCUUAGCCAUGGAUACGGCGAUUUAAGGACAUGCCUGUUGCCGUUAUAUCAUCCGUCUCGACUGCCUCUCUGUGACCUUUGUAGCGCCUGUUGUUUGGCCUACCUAUUGCGCGGCCUUCCAGCUCCGACAGUCUUGACAAUCCAGCCAGCGCGUCGACCAAGGUCGAGCAACACGCCCUAUACAAUGGCCUCGACCUUCCCCAUAAACAAGCAGAUCUUCGUCGGCCUUGUCGUCUUUCUCUUCUUCCUGUGGACGAUAUCGACCUUUACCCCGACAACAUCGACAAGAACGAUACACAUGACGCCCGAACAAGCUGGGGAGCAGCCGGGCCAGCCAGACAAGUUGAGGCCGGCCCUAGACACCUCCCUCCCGAAAGAAUCGCCGAAGUUUUCGCUUGCGCCGCCGUUGUCGCACGAGACCGCCGGGGGCAACACAGCGCACGAGGCCGACAAAACGGCUGACAAGGAAGCACCGCAGACUACAAGCCCAGAUUCGACCAAGAGCAAGAGUGGAGGCAAGAACAAGGACAAGGACAAGAACAAGUCGGCCCUGGCGUCGAGCAAGCCGCACGCGCCCUCGGCAUCGUCCUCCAAAGGCCACGACAGGCCCCUGAUCCUCUACGCCUUCGCCGAGUCCAAUGCCGCCCGCGAGAACCUCAAGUUCUUCGUUAACCAGGGCCUCCACGAUGCUGCCGAUUUCAUCUUCAUCCUGAACGGUGAGACCGACAUCAGCAGUGUCAUCCCGGAUAAGAAGAACAUCAAGGUCAUCAGCCGUGACAACUCCUGCUUCGACCUGGGUGCUUACGGCGAGGUCCUCCGCAAGGACGACUUGUAUAAGAAGUACAAGCGCUUCAUCACACUGAACGCGAGCAUCCGUGGGCCCUUUCUCCCCCACUGGGCCCAGUCCUGCUGGAGCGACAUGUACCUUGGACGUGUCACGGACGAGGUCAAGCUCGUCGGUAUGACGGCCAACUGCUGGCCCCGGUUCCACGUCCAGUCGAUGAUCUGGGCCACCGACAUAGUCGGCAUCGAACUGCUCCUCAAUCCGCCUCCGGGCUCUUCUAUAGAAGACCAGUUUGGUACCGAGGACGACCCCGUAGGCAUGAGCGGCUGCUACGACGGCUGGAAUCACGCCGUCCACGCCGAGAUCGGCUCCACAGACGCCUUCCUGAAGCAGGGCUACAAGGUCGACGUCAUGAUGACAGCCUUUCAAAAGUCGAAGAACUACAUCGAGGAGUGCGACACGUCGGAGAACGGCGACGUCCUUUGGAACGGCAGGUACUUUGGCACAAACGUCCACCCCUACGAGACCAUCUUCAUCAAGGCCAACCGUGAUAUUGACCCCACUCUCAUCGAGCACCUGACGACGUGGCAUCAGGCGUCGGGCUUUGACAGUUAUGCCGCCUGUAAGGCGACUUCUUGAGGGUUGUAACAUGGCGAUUGGAUUACUUGAAUGAUGUGUUAUUUUAAUGGGCACUUUGAAAUAUGUCACACGGCACUUGGAGUUAUGGCCGUGGAGUACCUCCCUCCCAAUACUACUGAGAGAGAAAAUACCUGAAAUGAGUCAUGGGUUGAUAGACACGGUUGGUAGUACAGGGCUCUCUCUCUCUCUCUCUCUCUCUCUCUCUCUCUAGGCGAUACAAAAUCUUGGCGUGGUUAGAUGCGAAACACAUAGUCAUGCAGUGCAUAUACUCUGUUCAACCUUGGUAUCUUCACACCGCAGCCCCUCCUCAGUGUCAUUCUCUUCCCGGUUCAGAACACCGGUCAUUGCUCACCAUUGAGUGAAUGCGAACAGAGCGGUCUUUGGCGUCAACUCACAUAUUCGUCAGCACUCAGUAACAUCCUAGGCGCACCUGAAAGACUGGUAAAGGCUAGCUAUAUAAUACGCAUCUAGCAAUACUGGACCAAGCUACCAAGGGAUUAUGUUUGAUGAGGGGCGCAACAGCAUUGUUGAGGAUUAUAUGUUGAUGAUUUAGACGCUGCUGUGCUCCGUCUACACAUUUGCUGAAUCCACAUCUGACUCUUGCCACUCUUGACAUCCGUCAGGAGCACAAACUCGGCUUCAGACCGCUUCGGGGUGAGCCGACGAGCGAGGCCGCCCGAGCAGGUGGCCACCGCCGAGUUCGAGUUGCCGAUCCCGGAGCUGGAAGACGCGCCGGACAACUUGGACUCAAGCAUCGACCACGCAGGGCUCCUGGCGAAGAGGCCUGACAAGAACUCGUACACGGCGGGCAGUGAGGCUGUGAUGAUUCCCGCGCAGAGCUCGAUGGUGCUCCAGUACGCGGCGUCCGCGUAGUCGCAGGUGAUAUUGGUGGAGUUGACAAAGACGACGAGGGUGCGGAGGUGGAUGAUGCU